GUCACUAAUCAUUUGUUCAUUCUCAAAAGUCGUGCUUUCAAUUUUUCAAAAUUUUCAGGUCAAAAAUUCCUAUCCUCACCAUUCAUCCCCAAAAAGUAUAUAAAAAUCUUGCCUUUACCUGAUGACUGUAUUCUUGAAAUUUUUCCCUUUCAGCCAUACUUCCAUUAUCGGCAAUUCUAGGCAUUAUUCAAGCAAACACAAUAAAGAGCUACUUAACAUUUUGAAAAUCAUGCCCAAAGAACCAAAACAUAUUGCUGAAGCACAAAAGCAAAGGAGGAAAAUCAAAGAAAAGCUAUCGAGGUAUGUUCCAGGCAAAGUGACCCUGCAAGUUCUGGGUACAGGAGCAAAAGGAGCACCUAGAGCCUUGUACUUAUUUUCAGACCAGACUAGAUAUUUAUUUAAUUGUGGGGAGGGAACCCAAAGACUUGCCCAUGAACAUAAGAUGAAAUUGGCCAAAUUGGAACACAUAUUCAUAACGCAGUCUGCAUGGAGGAAUAUGGGAGGCUUACCAGGGACUGCAUUGACUAUACAGGAUGUGGGUGUCCCUGAAAUAACUUUACAUGGUCCACCUGGUCUGGGUGAAAUUUUCGUGGCAACAAAACGUUUUGUUGUUAUUAGAGACCUCAAAAUAAAUAUGGCAGAUUGUAGUGAACAAAAUGUGUUUGAGGAUAAUGUACUCAGGGUUGAGUAUGUACAUUUGAUGAAAAGUGAUGUUAUUUCUGAUCCACAACCAGAAGAUACAUAUGGAUUCAAAGACUCAGAAGUUGAAGCAACUGUCCAACAGGAAGACGCUUCUACUUCAACUAGAAGCGAAAAAAAUCGCCGAAGAAGACGGAGUUCCUCAAGGUCAACUUCUAGUGAUAAAGCAAUCGAGGACGAUACAGAUUAUUAUGCACAUGAACGUAAGAGAUUCAGUAAAUCAAAGAGAAGAAGAUCGCGGUCCCUGAGUAUUGAGAGCGGCAGUCGCACCGUCCCGGAGAUAGUUUCCCCUACGUCACAAGCUACCCUCCGCUUGAAUAAAGAAAUGGGGGUCUCGGUGGCCUAUAUCUGUCGACUGCAGCCCAGGCCGGGGGCUUUGAAUCUGGAGCAGUGCGUCAAGAUGGGCGUGCCUCCAGGGCCGCUUUUGGGCAGGCUGAAGGCCGGAGAGGACGUCGUUUUGGCUAGUGGGGUGAAAGUGUGUUCCAGGGAGGUUUGCGAGCCUGAUGACCCUGGACCGGUGUUUAUUGUUUUAGAGUGCCCUACAGUCGCCUACUUGGAUUCUCUGGUGAAUAAUGCGGCGAUGAAAAAACAUCAGAGUUCUGCCACACAUGAUGAUGAAGUUGCGUGUUUAGUUGUACAUUUCACGCCAAAAGAAGUUUGUGAUGACGCAAGGUAUCGACAAUGGAUGGACAAAUUUUCACCAAGCACUCGGCAUAUAAUGUUGAACGAAUCCAAUUCUUGUAUGGGCAGUGAAGCUGUCCAUAGGAUACAGUACAAAUUGAAUUUGUUAUCUGAUAGCAUAUUUCCACUUUUGAAGGACAAAGGAACUAAUGUUGCAGAGGAAAUUUCAGAUAAUCCUUCUAAUAAAAAACAGAAGUGCGAAGAAAAAAAUGGCAAUGCCAAUGCACACACUUCGCUCCAGAACGACCUCAAUUUUGAAAAUUUGACAGUCCAGUCUAGACCAGCGACACCGGAUUCAUUAUUUAUAAGCCCGAAAACCAUUUGUACAUACCAGUUGAGGCCUAGAAAAGGUUUGGAUAGAACAGCUGAAAUUAAAAUAAAUCCCAAAGAAUAUAUAAACGAAACAAUGGCAGUCGAAAAUUUUCCAACAGCUUUGACCGACCUGAAAGAUAAAUUGAUUGAUGAAAAGAAGAAGCUUCAUAAUAGCGAAUACCCGAAAAUUUUGUUCUUGGGUACAGGAUCUUGCAUUCCAAAUAAAACAAGGAACACUAGUGGAAUAUUAUUUUCUACAAAUGACCGACAACACAUCGUUCUCGAUUGCGGCGAAGGGACUUACGGCCAGAUUGUGAGGUUUUUCGGCCCCAGCGAGUCCGACCGAGUGUUGGCCAACAUCGAAGCGAUAUACGUGUCGCAUCUGCAUGCCGAUCACCAUAUCGGUCUCACCGGGCUGUUACAAGGUAGAAGAAAAGCGAUUAGGAAUCAGCGUCUGCGCGAUAAAGGACCGCUGUAUCUGUUCGCCCCGAAACAGAUCAUGGCCUGGCUCAGUUUCUACGAUAAAUGUUUCGAAGAUAUCACGGAAGAGUUCGUUCUGAUACCCAACGGAGAUUUGGUGUAUAACAACCCAGUGUAUCCAGCUGAUAUGAUGAAACCGAUAUUAUCUGAAUUGAAUUUGUCAGACUUGAAGACCUGUUUUGUUAGACAUUGCCCUAAUGCGUUUGGAGUAUCUUUGGUUGAUAAACAUGGAAUAAAAUUGACAUAUUCCGGUGACACCAUGCCAGCAGACUCUCUCAUUGAACUCGGUGCGAAUAGCGACGUUCUGAUACACGAGGCCACCAUGGAGGACGAGCUGGCCCAAGAGGCGGUCGUCAAGAUGCAUUCCACCACCUCGCAGGCCAUCGAAGUUGGCCGAAAGAUGGCCGCCAAACACGUGAUUUUGACACAUUUCAGUCAGCGUUACGCCAAAUUGCCGAGGUACAACGACAACUUCAGCGAGAACGUCGGGAUCGCCUUCGAUAAUAUGCAGGUUAAUAUGAAUGAUCUAGUUCUAGUCCCACAUUUACGACCAGCUCUGAAGCUGAUGUUUGCUGAACACUAUGAAGACAUUGAAAAUAAAGCCAUGAAGCGAAACAUGAGAUUAGAAAGAGAGAAAAGUGCCUUAUCAGAUAAAAAUUUAAAAAGAAAGCAGAGUGUAACUUAG